AUGACAUUCCUUCGCCUUCAUCUUCAUGAAGACCUAAAGAGGGAAAACCGUACUGUCGAGAACCCUUUUGAGUUAUGGAAAAACAUUCAAGAAAGAUUUGACCACCUGAAGUUGGUCUUCCUCUCUAAAACUCGCUACAAGUGGGUUCAUUUAAGGCUACGAGACCAUAGGACUGUUAGUGAGUACAACUCUGCCCUUCUUCGCAUCACCUCUGAGCUUGAAUUAUGUGGUGAACAAAUCACCGACAAAGACAUGAUUGAGCAAACUAUCUCAACGUUCCAUUUAUCCAACAUGCUCCUGGCGCAGCAGUACAGGGAACGUAAUUUUACAAAAUAUUCUGAGCUCAUAUCAUGUUUGUUGGUCGCGGAACAAAACAACAAGCUCAUACUACAAAAUCAUUAA